GAAUUAAACAUGAAUACAAAUCAAGAAGAAGAAGAAUACGGCGGGAGUUGUUAGCAUGUUUGGCAGCUAACUUUAACUACGCGUUAGAUACUAGCUAGCAAAGAAUAGACGUGAACCAUCUCUGGAGUUAGCUAAUCACCGUGAGUGAGUAUGGAAACACAUGAACGUAGACAACCAUAGCUAUAGCACAGCCAGCAUAGCACAUGACGAGUAAACAGUCAAGCAACUCAACUACAACGUUUGUUUGCGUUGAAUUCAGCAAACUAGCACGGAUUCUUGACAUGAACCCUUGAUGUGACAUUAGAGAACGUUAGCCAGCCAGACAGACAGACAGACAGCCACCUAGCUGACAAAUUGACAGCUGUUGGAUUAACGAUGGAAAGUUGGAAAUAUCUGCUAUGACAGAUUUAAACAUGACGGACAGGAAUUUACCUGAGUGGAUGUCGAAGAUAGAAACUACUGGAAAAGAUGCACUUAAACAGGUUCAAACAGGACUCUAUAAAAGAAAUGUCAUAGAGGAUGACCUUCCUUAUCUAGAGUUCACUGGCACAGUCAUAUUCAGCCAGGAGAAAAAUGACUGCUCUUUUCUGUCUGACGAGUUAAGGUCUAGUCUUUCACCUGGCUCUGCUGUGGGGUUUGACAUAGAAUGGCCUCCUUCGUUCACCAAAGGCAAGAAGAAGAAAGUUGCCUUGGUCCAGCUGUGUGCUUCUGUGGAGAAGUGUUACCUUUUUCACCUGUCCCCCAUGUCAAGAUUUCCAACUGGCUUGAAGAUAUUUUUGGAGGAUGAGACAAUCCGAAAAGUUGGAGUGGGCAUCGAAGGAGACAUGUGGAAGCUACUCUCUGACUUUGAUGUCAAACUGAAGAAUUUUGUGGAGCUUGGAGAUUUGGCAAAUAGAAGACUGCGAUGCGGUGAGAGGUGGAGUCUGGAUGGGCUCGUCAAGCACCUGUUCAAGAAGAGGCUGUUCAAACAGCAGGAUGUGCGCUGUAGCAAUUGGGAUGACUUUGAACUCUCCCAGGAACAGAAAAGAUACGCAGCUACAGAUGCUUAUGCUGGCCUGAUCAUUCACAACAAACUGAAUACUAUGGACCCUGGAGUGAAUUCUCAGUCUGGCCUCAAGGACAAGCUGUCUCAAAUGGCCAAUGAAAUUGAGGAAUUAGCUGGCAGCAUCCCAGAAGAAGUCAAUGACAUCCAGAGUGUUGCAACGCUAGUGGAGGACCUGUAUGUUAGUCUCACUGCUCUGAGAGAUUUGCUGUCAAAGAACAAUACCUCAGCUUCUACCAUAGAUCCAGAACCUUUGUCUCAUGACCCCCUCGAGAACAAGCCCCUCAGUCUUGACGGAACAGACACAACCAAUGGAACACAGAUGGAUCAGGGCUCACCCAGAGAAGAUGAGGACCUCAAUCACUCUAACAUAGAUCUCUUUAAGGUUCCUGAACCCAUGGAAGAGGCCAGCAAACCCAUAGACUAUCAAGGAGACUGCAUCAUGUCCCUGGAUAUCUCAGAGUAUGAGCUUCAAAUGCUGGAGAGGCAAGCUAAGCAGGAGGAUCUGGAGGAGCAGUCCACUUUGGAGUUCCAGGAGAAAAAUGCACUGGAUGACUCUGCAGACCUUUUGUACGGAGUGGAGCUGGAGAGCGAGAUGCUACAGUGUGUGGAGGAAGUGGAGAGGUUGACUCAACAGAAACAACCCCAACCUGAGGAAAUGCCCUCUGGCCCUGGCAAUGAGGAGGAUGACAUAGAGGAGCUGGAGGAAGAAGAAGAAUUUGAUCCAUCUCUUCCAGAGCCACUCCCUGAACAAAUCAAAUGUCUAAAGAUGUAUUUUGGACAUAGUCGCUUCAAGCCAGUACAAUGGAAAGUAAUUCACUCUGUUCUGAAGGAGAGGCGAGAUAACCUUGUUGUCAUGGCAACAGGGUAUGGGAAAAGCCUGUGCUUCCAGUUCCCCCCAGUGUACUGUGUUGGUGUCAGCAUUGUUAUCUGUCCUCUCAUCGCUCUCAUGGAGGACCAAGUGCUCCAGCUCGAAAUGUCCAACAUUCCAGCUUGUUUUCUUGGCUCUGCUCAGACCAAAAAUGUUUUAGCCGGCUUGAAACAGGGGCAAUACAGAGUUGUAUACAUGACCCCAGAAUACUGCUCAGGCAAUGUAUCUCUACUCGAACAGCUCGAUAGAAGUAUAGGAAUCUCUUUGAUAGCAGUGGAUGAGGCUCAUUGUAUCUCUGAGUGGGGCCAUGACUUCAGAGGUGCAUACAGGAGUCUGGGAAACCUGAAGAGAAGUCUACCUAACGUAAGAAUUGUGGCGCUGACUGCCACUGCAAGCCCAUCCAUCAGGGAGGACAUAGUGAAGAGUCUGAACCUGGAGCAACCCAUUGACUGUGUUCUGUGUUCAGGUUCAUUGACCUGCACAUUGACUGUGUUCCUUCGACCGGCCCAUUGAAGGUUCCCAUUGACUGUGUUCUACCUGGACAUCAAAAUUGCUUCUUGUUUUUGUGUCUCAUUUGCUGUCGGCUAUUUCAGGGGGGAUUAUGGGUUUGAAGGGUCCUCUAUUGUGUACUGCCCCUCGAGGAAAGAGGCUGAGCGUGUGACCUCCACUCUGACCUCGCUGGGUGUCACGUGUGGUGUAUACCAUGCUGGUCUGGGCAUAAAACAGAGGAGGGAGACCCAGCAUCGCUUCAUGAGGGACGAAAUCCAGUGUAUUGUGGCUACAGUAGCUUUUGGAAUGGGGAUCAACAAGGCUGACAUCAGGAAGGUGAUCCAUUAUGGAGCCCCUAAGGAGAUGGAAUCUUACUACCAGGAGAUUGGACGUGCUGGGAGAGACGGACUUCCAAGUGCCUGCCACGUCCUGUGGGCACCAGCAGAUCUCAAAUUAAACAGGUUUCUCAUCAACCAGGUAGCAAACAACAAAUUCCGGGGCUACAAGCUCAAAAUGAUGGGCAAAAUGGACUUGUAUCUCAACUCAUCCAAGUGCAGAAGGAAGCUGAUCCUCUCCCACUUUGAAGACAAACAGCUUCGAAAGGUGACCUCGGGCAUCAUGGGAACUGACCAGUGCUGUGACAACUGCCGAUCUGGGGCGGUGAACAGAGUCGGUGUAAAUGACACAAUGGACGGUGGGCGUCAGGAUUACGGUGUGUUGGCAUUCCAGCUGAUGGGAGCCGUCAGUGCUAUGGGGGAGAGAUUCGGCUCCUCAGCCCCCAUCCUGUUCCUCCGUGGAUCAUACUCUCAAAGGGUUCCUGAGAAGUACCGGUGCCACCCUCUGUUUGGAGCUGGGAAGAGUGUCCCUGAGCCCUGCUGGAAAGCCCUGGCACGGGAGCUGGUGAAUGAGGAAUACCUGAAGGAAGCCACCGGCACUAGCAAGUUCUGUGUCCUCUGUAAAAUCACCCCCAAGGGGAGGUGGUGGCUGAGCCGAGCCCUGGAUGAGAAACAGAGAACCCUCCUGCUCCAGUCGAGUGACCCUGACCUCAACACCUGGUCUGCACUAAGACGAAAGCAGAACCCUGCAGCCACCACUAGUGCCCCUGACCGACAGUAUUCCACCUCUCAGAACAGUAGGUUAAAUGUCUGUUGUAGGCCAGUCAACAGCAAAUCUAUCCCGAAGUUGGACAUGUCAUCUAGCAGUGACAGGACGCCAUCCAAGUUGUUGACCCAGGUAGCGGUGUCCAAACCACAGCCAGCCCCCAUCUCCGCCAGAGAGCUUGAACUGCAGACGGCGUUGUACGCCAAGCUGGUUGCUGAACGACAGAAACUGGCCAGUGAGAAGGACAUCCCACCGGCCAUACUGGCCACCAACAAAAUCCUCCUGGAAAUGGCCAAGAUGAGGCCGUGCACUGUGUCCAGUCUGAAGCAAGUGGAUGGUGUUUCUGAGGCAAAGUCCAGCAUGCUUAUACUCCUCAAAACCAUAGCAAGUUUCUGUGAGCUUCACAACUUGAAGGUGGACUCCUCGAUUCUAGCUUCAGCCCCAGGUCCAGAGAGCGUUAGAGGGGCGGUGACUGGGAGGUCCUCCUCUCUACCUAACAGUAUUGCCAUCACCUACAGACUGUUCCAGGAGGAGGGAAAGAGCAUGAGGCAGGUGUCUGAUGUCCGCAGUUUACCCGUUGCUGUGCUAGAAACUCAGCUGAUCCAGGCCUUCAGGGCAAACCACCCACUGGACACAGAGAGAGCUGGUCUAACAACCGCCAUACGAACUACUGUCAGCCGCAUCAUCCAGUCACACCCUGUCAACUCUGACCUCAGUGACAUCAAAGCCAUUCGAGCCAGAGUCCCCGACGACAUUAGCACCUUCCUCAUCCAGUUGACUGUGGAGCUGCUGCAGAGACAGGGGAUGCCCACGGCCCCACCUGCUGUUUCCACCAGCCUACAGCAGCCUGAGCUCACCUGGAUAGAACCCGAGGACAAACCGGUGAGAGAACUUUCCGUCAACAAGCCAGUGAGGAUAGAAAAAGACCCAGCCCAGCCUGCCCCAGUAGAGCUAUCGCCAGCCCCCAUCAAACUAUCCCCAGCCCAGCCAUCCCCAGUGGAGCUAUCCCCAGCCCAACCGGUUGGUUGGUUAGCAGUCGGACUCCCAGACGAGAUGGAGAUGAGUAUGGAAGAGGAUGACCUGUUCAGGGAUCUUCCAAUGCCAGAGGAAGUGGGUCCCGUCUCAGAGUAUGUCCUUGCACCUAAGGCUCUUACUGCAGCCGCCAAGUCUGUCCCCCAAACCAGUGCAGUGAAGCUGGCAUCCUGGAACCAAGAGCCACUGGAUGAUGACACACAGGAACUCUUCAGUGACUCCCCUCAGAAUGUCAGCCAGCCGGCGAAGAGAAAACUACCAGACUGGGCUGAACUACCAAGAGGUUCAAGUUCUUUGGCCUGUACAAAGAAAACCAAAAAGAACAAAGGACUUUUUUCGUAACUGACCAGUGACCAACAAAUUAUUCUUACUGACCAAAUGUUUCUUAUUUUCUUUAUUAAAAAAUAGCAAAUAAGGUGUUGAUUUCCAGCUUAACAAUGUAACAUAGCAGACUAAUUAAUGUAAAACAUGUCAUUAUGUAAAACUUCUUGUAAUAAAGAUACAACUUGAAUGUACAGUAUUUUAGAGGUAAUCAUU